AUGAAUAAAGGAAGGGAGGAAGGAAUGAAUAAAUUUCUGGUCGUUCAAUACAUUGUUGCCGAGUUCGUGAUAUCGCAAAAGGGCAAACGCAUGAUACAGUACAACCGCUACACGUACUCGUCGACGCCGCAAAGGAGCCCGAUGCGAAGGUGGAGGUGCUCCUCCCACUCGGCGCAUAGAUGCAAAGCAGCUAUACACACAAUAUGCGACAAGAUCGUGCGCGUGAUGGACCAGCACAGCCAUCCGCCGCCCACCACCGUUCUUUACAAG